AUGGAUGAACUAUUUAAAAAUAGUAACACGCAAAAUAUGUUUGCACAAUUGGGAACUCGCGUUGGUAAUGAUUAUGUCCCAUCCAAGAAUUGUUAUAUGAUACUUAUGCAUAUCUACGAAAAAUUGAAUUCAUCAGAAAGAAGUGCAACACAUCUUAGGCAGAUAAUUGGAUUCUCACAACUAUUAAGCCAACACCUCAUACCGAUGUUUAUUGCAGUCAAUAACGACAAUAUAAUUGACAUUUUGUUGAAAAUUCUGGUUAGUUUAAUAUCACCAAUUGAAAGUUUGAUGCUUGUUGGAGAAAACGGAGAUAAUUCCGUUUUACUUGGGCUGAAUUGGAUGAUGUCGAUGAGCAAAGCCGCAUGGGCUAACUUAAAAGCCAUCAAACGUAUCAUGGAAAUUAUAAAGGAACAUAUGAAAAAAUUGUCUAACUGCCCUGCAGGAUGUACCAACAAUUACAGUAUAUCAUCUAUAAGCGAUUGUUUGCGUUUAAUAAAAAAUAUUCUUCACAUACCCAACGAGCAGUACGAAAAUACUAUAUUGUGGAUGUUUUUUUCCGAACAAUUCGAUGAGAUUAUUAUUUCCUUGAUCGCCAACUCUAACCGAGGACAUUGGGCAGUACUAAUCAUCGAACUAAUUGCUCUGAUUUUUAAGAAUCAACACGUUGAACAGAUGUCAAAGCAAUUCAUUAAAAUGAAUGAAACUAAGAAGUUUGAUAGUUCCGAAGAUAAUGAAAGCAAUUCGUCGUCAAAAUAUCCAAAACACGGAAGACAUUCAUCACCAGAACAUUUAUCUGAAUUAUCAAACAAGGACAGUGAUAAUGAUACAAAUUUUAAAUUGAAUAAAAUUAUAGGGAAUCUACGCAAAAACAAUUUGAUGGAUGAAGAAGACAGGAGCUCCAAAGAAGCUAUAAUACAUAGUUUAAACGUACAUACUAUAAAAGAUAAACUUGACUCUCCUAAAACUAAAUUUGAAGAACUUUUCCAGGGAGAUGAUGUCAAAACAAGUAAUUCUAACAAUUUUAACAAAGUGUCUAGAAGAAAUUCGUACACCGAAACUAGAAGAAAUUCAAACAGAGAAUCUAGACGAAAUUCGCUUGAACAAAUUAAAUUUGAAUUUGAAAUGAAAUCCUAUAAACCAACUUUGGGAAGUGCCAUCUUAAGGAGAAAAAAAUAUAUUAAAAAAAAUUCUAAAACUAAAUUGAAGUUACCACUUUUUCCAAAACAGUUCAAUGUGCCAAGAGAGACAUACAUGAUAUCAUAUUUUCUUCAGAAAUUUACUGUUUGUUUUCUACAAAAUGGAUUUAAUACUUUAGUCGACGAACUUUAUAACUUACUUACAUCUAAUUCACACAUUGAUACUUCACUUUAUUUCUGGAUAUUAACAUACUUUUGUAGAUUCUGCAAGUUGAACAACAUUAAAUUGGAAUUAGUGAGACAAAUUGUAUCUUUCAAACUGAUUUCAUUCAUCGUUCAUGAGGGUCUUAAAAUAUCAGAAGAAUUAAGGAUCGCAAAACUGCAAAAAUCUCCUAAUAUUCAUUUAAAAGUCAGACAUUUGCAUUUGGCCAUCAUGGCUAUUAAAGAGGUGAUAAAAACCAUCGAGUUCUAUCGCCAAACUGCUGUUGAGUCACCAAUUUACGCACAUCUAAUAAAAGAUCUUCAGAAUUCAGGCAACACCUCUCCAGAAUCAAUCACUUGGGCAAAGGACAUCAAGUCUUUAUUCACAUUACUAAUUCGUUACUAUGAUAGUGACAUACAGAUUAUUGAAUACUUGCAUGACUUAAUAGUUACAAAUCAUAUGGUUUUGUCAUUGUUUGAUGCCUUUAAAGAUUAUUGGAAUUUAAACGACAAUAUUACUGCGUACAUCGAAAAGUUUGCUGUACCUGACACAAUGUACAAAUAUGGAUUAGUCCUCCAAAAUUACGAAAAAAAUAGUGAUAUUGUCAACGAAUCCGUGCUUGUUAUGAUGCAUCAUGUAAUAACUAAAGUCGAAAACACUACGUCACUCUUUCAACCAAUCAUUUUGAAAACAUUUCUGAACAUAGGUGGUCUGAUUUGAUUAAAAAUGUUUUAAACAAGUUUCUAAAUAUACCACACACAUUGGACUGUUCUGAAAACACUCUUCGUGGACUUCCGUGUAUCUACGAAGCAACGAAUGAACUUUUAAAUUUGAAUAACUAUCGAAAUAAAAAUAAAGUUAAUUUACUCGACACUACAAACAUGUAGGUAG